AUGUCUUGGUCUAUUCCAAAAGAUUACCGCUCGCGUCCUGUGGUCAUACUUGGAGGCGGUGUUUUGGGCCGUCGAAUCGCUGCAUGCUGGGUCGCUGCAGGCUUCCAUGUCAUCAUCCGUGACCCUUCGGAAAAGUCUCGCAACGAUGCUGUCGACUAUAUCAAGCAGAAUCUCGCAACCUAUCUCGCCCUCACUUUUGCUAAAGCAGGCUCCUAUGAGGCAGUCGAGAACUUUGAGACUGCUGUCAAAGAUGCCUGGCUUGUGUUCGAAGCGGUCCCUGAGAUCCUCAGCCUCAAGGAAAACACUUUCCUGGACCUCGAGAAAUACGCCCCUAAGGACUGUAUUCUUGCCAGUAAUAGCUCCUCGUACAAAUGCAGUGAGCUUCUUGGCAAAGUCGCCGAGGAAACAAAAACUCGCGUCCUCAACACGCAUUAUAUGAUGCCCCCUCAGCUUAUGACUAGUGGUUCUACUGAAGAAACAAUCUUCCCUUUCUUGGAAACCGAGCUUAGAGGAGCAGGUCUUCAUCCUGUGUCCGCCAAGAAGGAAUCAACUGGUUUCAUCUUCAACCGUAUCUGGGCCGCCAUCAAACGUGAGGUGCUUGCAGUCCUUGCAGAGGGUGUUUCCGAUGCUAAGACCAUUGAUGCAAUCUGGAUGGAACAAUACCAAAGCCCUGUCGGACCAUGCACUAUGAUGGACAGCGUUGGUCUGGAUACCGUCGAACACAUCGAAAGCCAUUACGUCCAGGAUCGCGGGUUACCUGAUGCCACACUCAAGUGGCUACACAACAACUAUGUUGAGCAGGGCAGACUAGGCAACAAAUCCGACAAGGGCGGGUUGUAUCCUGUCCCUACCCAGGGUCAUGGCACCAAGCUGUUGACGCUGAACAUGUACCAAGGGUCCUACCCUGGAGAGCUGCCAAUGGAGAAAAUCAUCAGCAGUGGACAAAUCCUCGAGUUUUCAGUGGACAACAAAUCAGCUCGCCCUGUUGCUCUAGUUACCAAUCAGCGAUGCCCUGAUGGUAUCGACGUAUACGAGGACAGAAUGUACUGGACCUGCAUGGGUAUACCUUCGCAGAACGAUGGCGGAGUUUAUUCCGCCAAGCUCGACGGCAGCGAUAUCAAGACCGUCAUACAGCCAGGCGCUGUCCAUACCCCGAAACAGAUUACCAUCGACAAAGUCAACAAGAAGCUGUACUUCACCGACCGCGAGGGCUUGCGAGUCCACAGAUCUAAUCUUGACGGUUCAGCACAUGAGGUUUUGGUUCAAACAGCUGAUUGGCAAACCGAGAAGGAGAAAGUUCAAGAUCAGACCAAUUGGCCUGUCGGCAUUACUAUUUCGCACAAGCUCAAUAAGUUCUUCUGGACCCAANAAGGCCCCUCAAAGUCACUCAAAGGUCGAAUUUUCUCUGCAAACAUCGAGACACCGGCAGGCGCAGAUGCAACUACCAGAAACGACAUUGAGCUGAUCCUGGGUGGGCUGCCUGAACCUAUCGACUUGGAGUUCCAUGAGGCGACGGGUGUGCUGUAUUGGACCGACAGAGGCGAAAUUCCUUUCGGCAAUACUUUGAACAAGAAGACCCUCGUCGGCGAAUCUCCGGAAGAAGAGAAGGUACUUGGCCGCCAGAUCAUCGCGCAGGGCUUCGGUGAGGCGAUUGGUCUUCGUAUCGACGAAGAAAAGCAACGUGUCUACGUCGCUGAUCUGGCUGGGCGCUUGUGGGAAUGUCACAUGCAACCAGGACCUAAGGUAAAGAUCUACGAGGCUGCGGGUCACGCUUACACUGGUCUUGUUGUUGUCAACUACUAG